GCUAGGCGCAGUGUGCGGCGGAGCUGUCGUGGAAGCUGGAGGUGCCGCCCUGGGAGGGUCGAUUGUGAUUUGUGACGGUUUUCGGUGACGAUCUAAUGUGAGGCUCAUCCGUGGCGCUUUUUAGUGAUCCACAUUGAUCGUGUCAGUAUGGCGGCCGCCGUGCUGAAAAUAGAUCCAAAGAUGGCUUUCGCCGGCUUCAAGAAGCAGAUCAACAAGGCCAACCAGUAUGUGACCGAGAAGAUGGGCGGUGCCGAGGGCACCAAGCUCGACGACGAGUUCACAGACAUGGAGCGGAAAACGGACAUCACAUGUGAGCUUAUCGAAGAACUGCAGAUCAAGACUAAAGAGUUUCUCCACCCUAACCCGACCUCCAGAGCCAAGAUGGCUGCGGUGAAAGGUAUCUCGAAGCUGUCGGGCCAGGCGAAGGCUGCCACCUACCCUCAGCCAGAGGGGGUGCUGGGCGAGUGUAUGGUCUCGUUCGGACGAAAACUGGACGACGAUGAACCGUUCGCUCAGGCGCUGGUCGAGACGGGCGAGGCCAUGAAGCAGAUCGCCGACAUCAAAUACUCGCUGGAUGAUAGCAUGAAGCAGAACUUCCUGGAGCCGCUCCAUCACCUGCAGAGCAAGGACCUCAAGGAGGUCAUGCAUCAUCGCAAGAAGCUGCAGGGCCGCCGUCUGGACUUUGACUGCAAGCGUCGCCGUCGGGACAGAGGCCGCUCUGUCAGCCCGGCUCGCACGCCAG